AUGGCAGCGUCUGCAGGUCGUCGUACCCUGGCGCUGAUCAACAGCUCCCUGCAGCAGCAGCAGCAGCAGAAGCAGCAGCAGCAGCAGCAGCAAAAUGAGAGAGAUAAGGAUGGUUUCUUAAGACCAUCAGCGCUGCGCAAGCGGCGGAUAGUAGCAAGAACCCCAGCAGGCAGCAGCAAACCAGCAGCAGCAGCAGCAGCAGCAACACCAUCCCCACCAGCAGCAGCAGCAGCAGCAGCAGAGUCUGGUACAGAAGAAGAAGAAGAAGAAGAAUACAGCAGCAGCAGCAGCAGCAGCAGCAGCAGCUUUGAUAACAGCAGCGAUGAUGAAUUUGAAGAAAACGCAUGCAAGAAUAUUUCUGUUGUGUCUUUGCUGCGGAGGAAGAGGAAGGCUACUGCUGCUGCUGCAGCACGCAGCAGCAGCAGCAGCAGCAAGCUGAAACCGCGGCAGCAGCAGCAGCAGCAACAGCAGGUGCUGCAGCUGGAUAUUGUACAGCACGGGGGCGAGCAGCAGCAGCAGCGGCAGCAGCAGCAUCUGCUGCUGCUGCCAGCAGAAAAUGAAUUAUCUCUGCAGGCAAUCCUUAGAGACCCAGCAGCAGCAGCAAGAGAAUUCACUAGACGCCUGCAGGCAGCAGCAGCAACAGCAGCAGCAGCAACAGCAGCAGCAACAGCAGCAGCAGCAGAUGACGAUGAUGCGGUGCAGCAAGCUGGCGAAUCUCUUACACUUCUUGCUGCGCAGCUGCUGCAUCUUCUUGCUAAGGUGGUUGGUUUGGGUCCUGCUGCUGUGUCUGCGGAUACAAAGACAGCCCUCUGCAGCCUCUGCAUGCGCCUCCUGCGCAGCAGCAGCAACAGCAGCAGCAGCAGCAGCAGCAGCAACGGCAGCAGCAGCAGCCUUCCCCCUCGGCAACGACAGAGACAGCAGCAGCAACAGCAGCAGCAGAAGCAAGACAUCGCCUUGCUGACAGAUUUGCUGCUGUCGCUGUCUGCUGCCCCUAAGAACCGCCGCAAGAGCCCGCAGCAACAGCAACAGCAGCAGCAGCAGCAGCAACAGCAGCAGCAGCAGCACUCUGUCCGGCCUACCAACUGCAACGGCAUUCGUUUGUUCUUACAUUUUGUUGCAGAGGAGGGAGCAAUACAUGCAGCACCAAUAGCAGCAGCAGCAGCAGGAGCAGCAGCAGCAGCAGCAGCAGUAACAGCAGCAGCACCAGCAGCAAACUCUCUUGCGUCGGGCAUGUUGAGCGGUGCAGCAGCAGCAGCAGCAAAUCUGCUGAGGGAGGCUCGUCGUUUCCGUGUGCAGCAGCAGCAGCAGAUGCUGCAGCAGCAGCUGCAGCAAAGGAGACAGCGCAAGCAGCAGCAGCAGCAGCAGCACGAAGAAGAAUCAACAGCUAUAGUUGGUGCUGCAGUGCAGCACCGGCUGCAGCAGCUAGAAGCAGAGGAGACCGCGCUGCAGCAGCUGCUGCAGCAGCAGCUGCUGCUGCUGCAGCAAAGAGCUGAUGAUGUUUGUCCUAAUGUUAGGGCAGAAGCUCUCAAGGCUCUGGUUGCUGGAUUGCCUUUUGCUGCUCCCUCGUUGGUCUUGAGGAAGGAGACCUUUUUGCUGCUGCUGCCUGCCCUGCAGCAGCAGCAGCAGCAGCAGCAGCAGCACGAACAGCAGCAGCAGCAGCAGCAGAACCGGGACGAGAUGCUGGCAGCUUUGGGGCUUUUUCAUUUAGCAACGCAUGCAGUGUGUGAUUAUGCAGAGCAGCAUGCGCUCCUUGGCACAGCAGCAACAGCAGCAGCAUCAGGAACAGCAGCAGCAGCAGCAGAUCAGCAGCAGCAUAUAUCAGCAGCAGCAGCAGAGGACUGCAACGAAUUCAUACAAAUAGCCCUUCCUCUUGUGCUGCUGCAGACAGCAGCAGCAGAUCCUGUUCUUGCUGCUGCUGCUCUUCGUUGUCUCCUUCCUUUUGCUGCAGCAACUGCUGCUGCAGCACAGCAGGAGCAGCAGCAGACCGACCAACAGCGGCAGGAGCAGCAGCAGCAGCAGCAGGUGCUGCCGCUGCUGCAGGACGCAGCAGUACGGCAGCUACUAGAAGUCUUCUGGACUGCAGCAGACACAGCAGUAAUAGAAGCAGCAGCAGCAGUUGUUGGCUCGCUGCUGCUGCCUCCUGCUGUUGCUGCUCGAUGCUGUGCCCCCAGCAACAGCAGCAGCAGCAGCAGCAGCAGCAGCACAGCAGAGCUGCAUGCAUUGUUGGAUUUCUGUGUGGCGUAUCUACCCAAGACAGAUUUCUUAAGCAGCAGCAGCAACAGCAAGAACAGCAGCAGCAGCAGCAACAGCAGCAACAGCAGCAGCAGCAGCAGCGAAUCCUGCCUGGCCUAUCCGCUAGCAGCAAAUGUUGUGAUUGGCUUUUGGGAUUUGCUGCCGUCUGUUAGAAGAGUUGAUUUGCUGCUGCAGCUGCUGCAGCAGCAGCAGCAACAGCAGCAGCAGCAGCAAAUAGAUGAUGAUCUCCUUACUGAGGAGCAGCAAACUCUUCUUCUUGCCUUCUGCUGCGCUGCUAUGAAGAAACUCAAUUGGAGCAGCGGCUUGUGGGGCUGCAGCAGCAGCAGCAGCGACAGCAGCAGCAGCAGCAGCAGCAACCAUCCAAGCACACAUCAGCAACAGCAGCAACUCAGCAGCAGCAGCAGCAAUUGCUGCUGCCCUGCUCAGCUGCAGCUUUGCUGCAGCACAUCAAAGCCAUCAAUAAGCAGUCGUAUUGCUGCUGCCUCUUGGCCUGUGCUGUUGCAGCAGCAGCAGCAACAGCAGCAGCAACAGCAGCAGCAGCAGCAGCAGCAGCAGAGGAGGAUGGCGGUUGAUUUCGUGCAGCGUGUCUUUGAGGCCCUCCCUCAACUAUAUGAACAUGUUGCCAGGAAGCAAAAACUGCAGCAGCAGCAAGAGCAGCAGGAGCAGCAGCAGCAGCAGGUGCUGCUGUUUACGUUGGUGUUUUGGUGCAGCACGCCUCCUCCUUGUUUUGCUGCUCAUCUUGCUGCAGCAGUGACGGGGUGUAUGGGCAACUUCUUGCUGCUGUUGCCUGCUGCUGCAGCAGCAGAAGCAGCAAGCUUAGGUGCUGCUCUUGCUGCUGAUGUAGCAGCAGCAGCAGCAGCAUUAAAGGCAGAGGUGCUCAUACAGCCCGAUGGCACAGCAGCAGCAGCAGCAGCAGUAGAGCAGCUGCAGGUAAAUCCUCGGCUUACUACAGCAGCAGUAGCAGCAAAAGCAGCAGCAGCAAAUGCUGCUGUUACUGCAGCAGCAGGUCGUCUUGUUGCCUUCGCUAGGUUCUGCAGCAGCAGCAGCAACAGCAGCAGCAAAACAGCAGCAACCCUAGCGCAUGCAGCAGAAGCAGCAAUGUCUCUGCUGCAUAUGAGGGUUAUGGUUGCUGCUGCUAAGCAGCAGCGGGAGCAGCAGCAGCAGCAGCAGCAGCAAGAGCAGCUGCCCUCAAUUCCCUCUUGUGGUGCAGUGAUUGCUGCCUUUGAGGGUUUACUAGCAAUGUAUGAGCAGCAAGCGGGGGGUUUGCUGCUGCUGCAGCAGCAGUGUCUAGACACCCUGCAGCAGCUGCAGCAACUUAAUAGGCAGCAGCAGCAGCAGCAAGAAGAAGAAGGGGAGAAUCUUAGACCUGAGCAGCAGACAGAAGAUGCAGCAGCAACCGACAGCAGCAGCAACAGGCAGCCCCGUCAAGGCGCAGCAGCAGCAGCAGCAGCAGCAGCAGAUAAGCAGCAACAGCAGCUAAUAGAGCAACUGAGGUCGCAGUUUGGUGCAAUAGGCGAUGCUCUGCUGCCGCAUGCAUCUCCCUAUCAAUACUCAGCAGCAGAGCAGCGGGCCCUAGUAGAGGCCUUUGCUACCCUUACCUCCCCGCAGCAGCAGCAGCAGCAGCAGCAGCAGCAGCAGCGGCAGCAUCGAGAAGCAGCAGCAGCAGGAGCAGCAGGUGCAGCAGCAGCAGCAGCAGCAGCAGAUACACUAGAUCAUAGGAAGGACAGCAUAUCUAAGUUAUUAUUUGCUGCUGUUGCUGAUGAGCGUGUUGCUGCUUUCUUGUCCCAAUGUCUCUCGCAGCAGCAGCAGCAGCAAGAGCAGCAACAGGAGCAGCAAGAGCAGCAGCAGCAGCAGCAAGAGCAGCAGCAGCAGCAGCAGCUCCUGCUGCAGCAGCAGCUAGGUAACGAGAUGAGGGAGUACUGUUGCUUAUUAGUUAGACAGAGCUGCAGUGUCUCCUUGUGGGGUUGUGGUCUUGGUGCUGCGCUGCUGCUGCUGCUGCUGCACCCGCAGCAGCAGCUGCAGCAGCAAGCAUUAGCCUUCUUGCUGCAGCUAAAACGUGAAUCCUUCCCGCUGCUGCUGCAGUUGCUGCUGCAGUCGCUGCGGCAGCUGCAUGCGCUGCGGCUGCUGGAGCCCUUAGAAGAAGCAGCAGCAGCUGCUGCUGCUGCAGGUUCAUCUGGUCUUCCUCCUGCUGCUGCUGCUGCAGCAGAAGAAACGAAGCAGCAGCUGCAGCAAGACAUGCUUACAUUUAUGCAUGCAGCAACACAAAGACUUGGUGUGCUGCUGACGCUGCAGCAGCAGCAGCAAGUCAUUGCUGUGCUGAGGGAAGCAGCAGCAGCAGCACGGAAGACAAGACGGCGGGCCAUGCUGGUACUAGGAAACAGCAGCAGCAGCAGCAGCAGCAGUAGCAGCAUUAGCAGCAAGUACUGCAGCUGGUUUGCUGCUGCUGCACCGCUGCUGCAGCGGCGCUUCCUAUCGCAGCAAAACUUGCUGCUGCUGCAGAGACACCUCAGGGAGGAUCUAAGGGCAGCAGGAGGGGAAUGGAGCAGCAGCGAGGAGCAGCUGCUGCUGCUUGCUGCUGCUGCUCCUAAAGGUAAGAGCAGCAGCAGCAGCAGCAGCACGGCAGCUGUUGGAGUGGGUAACGCUGCUAGUCGGAAGCGCACAAGCGCCAACAGCAGCAGCAGCAGCAGCAGGGAUGACAACACAGGAGGAGCAGCAGCAGCAGCACAUCCACCAUCUGCAGAAGCUGCUGCUGCUGCUACUGCGCAUGCACUGUUUCCUUCAGCAGCAGCAACAGGUGCUGCUGCUGCGCAGCGCAGCAGCUUUAGUGCAGCAGCAAUUUCUGCUGCUGCAGCAAACACGGUGGAGAGCAGCAACAGACAAAGGCAGCAGCAGCAGCAAGAAGAGCAGCAGCGGCGGCAGCAGCAAGAAGAGCAGCAGCUGCGGCUGCAGCAAGAACAACAGCGGCGGCAGCAAGAACAGCAGCGGCAGCAGGAGGAAAGGCAGAGGCAGCAGGAAGAACAGCAGCAGCAACAGCAACAAGAGCAGCAACGCCGAGAGCAGCAGCAGCAGCAGGAGCUGCUGCUGCAGCAAGAGCAGCAGAGACGCGAAGAGCAGCAACAGCGGGAGCAAGCUGAAUCGAGACAAAGGCAACAAGAGCAGCAGCAGCAGCAGCAGCACACCUCUGAUGAAGAGGAGGAGGAGCAGCAGGAGCAGCAGCGGCAGCAGCAAAGCAAGCAGCAGAAGAGACAGCAGCAGAAGCAGCCACAAAAAAAGAAGCAGCAGCAACAGGAGGCUCGCAAACAAGCUACGGGGCAGCAGCAGCAGCAACAGCAACAGCAGCAGCAGCAGCGCAAUUCACGCAAGGGAACUACACGAGAGGCAGGAAGGGAGGAGGAGGAGCAGCAGCAGCAGCGCAACAACAGCAGCAGCAAGAGCAGAUUAGCUGCAGCAGCAAAAUCAAAACUUGUAGCAGCAAAAGCAGCAGCUCCUCAUGCUGCUGCCAACAAGCAGCGGCAGCAGCAGCAGCAGCAGCCGACUGCUCUAGCAGAUCUAUGGAGCCCUUCCUCUCUUGAGUCCCAAGGAGAGCCUACCAGUCCUGCUGCUGCAGCAGAAGCUGCUGCUGCUGGUUCUGCUGCAGCACCGCAGCAGCAGCAGCAGCAGCAGCAGCAGCAAGGAUUAACACCAGCAGCAGAUGCAGCAUGGGAGACAGGAUCGAGCGGCACAACUUUUGCUGCCGAUUUGCUCGACUUUUAG